AUGCGUCUCUCCUUCAAGUCCCUCCUCGCCACCACCACCGUUGCCCUCAGCGUUUCGCUCAAUGCGCACGCACACGCCAUCAUCACCCCCGCUCUCGGGGUGAGCGGCACGGCCGUCCGCGCGGACGUCCAACGGCCAUCGACCAGCGCACCGUGCGGCGAAGUCGACGUCGCCUCGGCGUUCGCCACUUCCAAUGCGGCCACCCUCGGCGCGGACGGCUCGUUCACGGGCGAGGACGGCUCCCGCCAUGUGACCGCCGAGGUCGACCCGACGGGCACGGGCGAGUCCUUCGUCGCUGCGACCGUGACGAGAACGGCGACAACGUACGUCGUCCCUCUCGUCUCCUCCUCCGCCGGCACCCAGCAGGUCACCGUCAAGCUCCCGGCGGGCACCAUCUGCUCGGGCACUGGCGGGAAGUGCCUCGUCUCGUUCACCACCGGGGCCGGCUUCGGCAACUGCGUCGUGGUCCAGCAGGGCGGCACGGCUGCUUCCACUGGUGUUACCGGUCGCGACGUGGCUUCCGACGCCGCGGCCGCCUCCACCGACGCUACCGACGCCGCGGCUACCACCACCGACGCUUCCGACACCGCGGCGGCCACCACCGACGCUUCCGACACUGCGGCUGCCUCUUCCACCGCGGCUGCGACUGCCGAUGCGAAGAAGGCCGCUAAGAAGGCCGCAAAGGACAAGAAGAAGGCUGCAAAGGCCGCAAAGAAGAAGGCGGCCGCCGCGAAGAAGAAGGCCGGCAAGAAGGCUGGCAAGAAGGCGAACAAGAAGAAGACGAAGGCCGCCGCUACCUCCGCGGCGGCAAGCACCGCAGCGGCGAGCGAUGCAGCGGCGAGCGACUCGGCGGCGAGCGCCACGGCUGCGAGUGACACGGCUGCGAGCACCGCAGCGGCAACUGGCGCGGCGGUGAAGAGGAGCGCGUUCCUUGAGUCGCAGCGGUCGACCCGUGCAGUCGGCUCACGCGCUCCUGCCGUUGCUCGUCGGGCGGCCGAGGGUGCUGCG